AUGGCCUCGUACACGAUACAACACAACAGCAGCAUGGCCUCGUACACAAUACAACACAACAGCAGCAUGGCCUCGUACACAAUACAACACAACAGCAGCAUGGCCUCGUACACAAUACAACACAACAGCAGCAUGGCCUCGUACACAAUACAACACAACAGCAGCAUGGCCUGUACUAAGUCCAACAUGAUCCCCCUGCCAGCCCUGCGGGUGUCCUGCCUUCCCCUCCUGCUCCUCCAGGCCUUGGUGGUCUCCUCCAAGUACGAGAGGUCGGCGGUGCCCAGCUCCGCCUCCCGCCUGGUGGCCAGGAUGGACGGCGACAUCAUCAUCGGGGCGCUCUUCUCCGUCCACCACCAGCCGUCGGCCGAGAAGGUGGCGGAGAGGAAGUGCGGCGAGGUGCGCGAGCAGUACGGCAUCCAGAGGGUGGAGGCCAUGUUCCACACGCUGGACCGCAUCAACUCGGACCCUCGCCUGCUGCCCAACAUCACGCUGGGCUGCGAGAUCCGCGACUCCUGCUGGCACUCCUCCGUGGCGCUGGAGCAGAGCAUCGAGUUCAUACGGGACUCCCUCAUCUCCAUCCGGGACGAGGGCGAGGGCGCCAGGUGGUGCGUGGACGGGGCGCCCUCCGGUCUGCCCCCGCCCACCAAGAAGCCCAUCGUAGGGGUCAUCGGGCCCGGGUCCAGCUCGGUGGCCAUCCAAGUGCAGAACCUGCUGCAGCUGUUCAACAUCCCGCAGAUCGCCUACUCGGCCACCAGCAUCGACCUGAGCGACAAGACGCUGUUCAAGUACUUCCUCCGGGUGGUGCCCUCUGACACGCUGCAGGCCCGGGCUCUUCUGGACAUUGUCAAGCGCUACAACUGGACCUACGUGUCGGCCGUCCACACGGAAGGGAACUACGGCGAGAGCGGGAUGGAGGUGUUUAAGGAGCUGGCGGCGCUGGACGGUCUCUGCCUGUCUCACUCGGACAAGAUCUACAGCAACGCGGGGGAGAAGCAGUUCGACAGGCUGCUGUGGAAACUGCGCCAGCGUCUGCCCAAGGCCCGGGUGGUGGUCUGCUUCUGCGAGGGCAUGACGGUGCGAGGCCUGCUCAUGGCCAUGAGGCGGCUCGGCGUGGCCGGGGAAUUCCUCCUAAUUGGCAGCGACGGCUGGGCCGACCGGAUGGAGGUGGUGGAGGGAUACGAGCAGGAGGCGCUGGGCGGCAUCACGGUCAAGCUGCAGUCGGCCGAGGUCUCCUCCUUCGACCGCUACUUCCUGAAGCUCAAGCUCGCCAGCAACAGCCGCAACCCGUGGUUCCCCGAGUUCUGGCAGCACCGCUUCCAGUGUCGCCUGCCGGGCCACCCGCAAGAGAACCCGAAUUAUGUGAGGAACUGCUCAGGUCAGGAGCGCCUGCAGGACAACUACGUCCAAGACAGCAAGAUGGGCUUCGUCAUCAACGCCAUCUACGCCAUGGCCCACGGCCUGCACGACAUGCACGCCAACCUGUGCCCUGACGGUCACGCCGGUCUCUGCGACCACAUGAAGCCCGUGGACGGCAGCCACCUGCUGGACUUCCUGCUGAAGACCUCGUUCGCCGGCGUCUCCGGGGAGGACAUCUGGUUCGACGAGAACGGGGACUCGCCUGGGAGGUACGAGAUCAUGAACUUCCAGAGCGUGGAGCGCGGCGCUUACGACUACAUCAACAUCGGCUCGUGGCACGAGGGCGUGCUGAGCAUCGCCGACGACACGACGCGGAUGAACGCCAGCGGUGCGGUGCGCUCGGUGUGCAGCGAGCCCUGCUCCAGAGGAGAGAUCAAGGUGAUCAGGAAGGGAGAAGUCAGCUGCUGCUGGAUCUGCACGGCCUGCAAAGACAACGAGUACGUCCAGGACGAGUUCACCUGCACGGCCUGCCGGCUGGGCUGGUGGCCCGACCGAGAUCUGGAAGCUCCGAGUGCUAUUCUUACCGCGGCUGUAGCUGGAUUUAUCAUUUUCCAGCAGACCUACUUCCACAUUAUGGCCCACUUUCCAAGGUCCUCUCGCACUUCAAAGACGACACACUUUGGUGGUGUCGUCAUGUACCGCCACACCUUUUUGCCAUCCAAAACUAGGGGACAUGUCGAGGUGUACGGCUGCAAAAUUAUCUCGAAAAGCUAG